UUAUUCUCCUUCUCCUUUUGUUCUUCAGAAACCUGUAUUGAUGAGGAUGACGACGACGACGAUGGAAACAAAUUGGAGUUCCGAAAGCAACUGGACCAUCGCCUCCGGCACAAUCCCUAACUGCCUCACCAUCCAAUCCUCUCUCUCUUUCACCGACGACGAACAACCCACCAUCGAAUCCACUCCUCUUCUCCUCCUCCCUCCCUCACCAGAUUCCCCUCCUUGCGAGAUCAAGAUUAAUUUUGCAGGGAAACACGAGCUGAGACAAGUCUACAUUCGAAGCACCGCGCGAGUCUACGAGAUUUACUGUGCACCCGACCUCAAGACCACCGGCGAGUAUCUAUGCACGGUUCGAUGUGGUGUCGCUGUUCGAGACGGUGACGUUCUUCGUUGUAAUUUGAUCGAGUCUUUACCUAAUCGAGAUUCGAGUGUUAAAUGUGAAGAUGAUUGGGUUGAAGUCAAAGUUGCUGAUACUUCCGAUCAUGCCACUCAGGAUCUUUAUGAGGCUACGGCAGAGAUUGAUGAUGUGGAUCCUUGUGUUUCUGUUACAAUCCGUUUGCUCUCGCUUCAGAGUAAAGGUUGCGUUAAUGUCCAUGAGAUUUAUGUGUUUGCUGAUCCUGUUGAUUCAGAAACCCAGGAAACCCGGAAUGAAAACUCGUCUAGCAGUUCUCUCAUGGCUAUGUUUCUUCCUACCUUGAUGCAGUUAUCCAAGGCAAAAACGGGCCUUGGAGAUCUAAAUGCUGUUAGAAAGGAGAAGCAACAUGUUUCAGAGGAUGGAUUGGAGGAAAACCCCUGCCCUAGUGAUUCUGUAAUUAAAACUCAACUUAAAGGUAAAGCUAGCAUGAGUGAUCCUCAAGAAGUGAAAUUGAAAGAGGUGAUAGAAGGUUCAUCCCAGCCAGACAUACACACACAAGUUGCUAACAUGGAGAGUGGCCAUGCUGCUGUUCCCUUACACGCUGCUAAAGUGGAUAGCAGUUGCAGUGCUGUGCACUCAAAAAUUGCAGAAGUGGUGAACAAUCACAGUGCUAGUACUGUCCCAUCACAAGUUGCAGUUACUGAGAGCAAUCAAGGUGGGUUUUCAGGUGGCGGCGUUGAAAGAGUCCUGGAACAACUUGUAUCUCGAAUGGACAGGCUAGAACAAAUCUGUUUGGGCUUUCAAGAGAAAAUGGUAAUGCCCAUGAACAGCAUUGAGACAAGACUCCAGCGAGUUGAGCAGCAACUUGAUACACUGACUCAGAAAUUGCAGAGUUCUGCAUCACCAUCAUGUUAUAGAAUUUCUGCUCCUGAUGCUUCUUCUACUGAAUCAGAUGACAUCUCUUGUGACAUUGGUCUUGAUGAUCCUGCAAUUAGAGAAAUUGAAUCAGAUAAUAAUUAUUUACACACAGAGGUAUCGUAUGUCUCUCCUCAUGAUAUGUCUGAUUUGGAAUAUGCUCCUCAAAUAUUCCCAGGUCUUGUAGUUACAGCUCCUGAGUUUUCUGAUGAUGAGGAUGAGGUUGAUAAUGCAUCGGGACCAGAAAUGAAUUCUCCAAAUGAUAGAGGAAAGCAGUCCAUUGAUGAUGCUUUAUCUUCUGCUUUAGCUAAUUUUUUAUCUUCUUCUCUAUCUUUAGAGUCUCCAAAGAAUACUGAUACUCUACCGUAUGAAGCCCCUGAGGUUUUAAAUGAAGACGAUGAUAAUCAUGAGAGUGACGAGGUGAUUGCGAAAAAUGACAAAUAUGGAAAAAGUGAUGUAUUGUCAUCCGAUGUGAAUUACAUUUCAAAUGAGUUGCUUGACAAUCAAACCCCAAGUGGUCUUAAUAUCACUCAUGAAGGAUCCGCUGCAUGGACUGAACUUACUAGUGCAAGUGCAACAGAGGUCCCAGAAAAAACCUUCCAUGAGAACAUUAUAGAGAAUGUUCUGGAAUUUUCACUUGCUUCAAAUGUAGUAGAUUUUGAAAUCCCGCUAUUGGAUGUGAAAUUCAUUUCUCAGAGAAGUCCUGUUACUGAGGGUUUCCUUGAAGCCCUUCUGGUUGAGACACCAGAGACCAGCUCAAGAGACCCAUCACUCAAGGAAAGCAAUGACGAUCUUCAACUGAAAGGCAAUGGUAGUCACUCAGUUGAGGAGCAAUGUAACUUGAUCUCAGUUAACAAUGGGGAACUGGAGAAUCCAGCUAGCGACGAUCAUUUUGCUCUGGACGAAGCCUUCUGUACUUCCAUAGCUUCUUCACCUGUGAACAUGGGGGUUGUUGAUAAUCUGCAGGGAGACCAUAAACGCAAGCGUGAUGUUGGUGAAAUAUCUCCAUCAAGUCUCAUAUGAAGUCUUUUCUAGUCAUAUACCUCUUGUUUCGGUUCAUGAAUCUUGAUCAUUUAGCCAUUUGUAAAUAUAGCUGUUUUCAUGAAUAUGAUUCAUCUGCUUGCUUAUCUAGAUUUUGUACCACCAAAAGAUAAUUAUUUGUUUAGAGAGUCAUAGAAGUUGCUUCGUAAAAACAUGUUGCAGCUGUUCCUUGUUUAUGGCGUGGUUACAUGACAAUUGUAAUUACUGUCACUCCCUGAUUGUCCUUGCAGGUGAAUUAUUCAGAGGUGAAUUAUUUUUCUUCAUA